CAAGCCAGAACAAUGCAAUACACAGUAUAUGCUUUAGCCCCAACCGAAGCUCUUCUUCAUUUGCAUUCGAGUUUUACUACAGCUUAUGUUUUUUACCGUGUUCUAAGCUCACGCAGGACCUGUCGGUGUGCUGUUGAACCCAGAGAACGCACUCCUGGGUCUCGUUCGGGGUUUGAAGACCUCACCUGGUCGCCAUUCAACAAUACAGGUUCUCGUCGGCUGCUGGUAACAAGAGAUCGUCCCGAAGCUGAAGUUUCUAAGUUCCCGGCCCCCGCCCUUUUGUCACCUCCUCGUAAGGCUUGCGGUCAGGACUCACCUGCUCGUGGAAAAAACAGCGAAUAGAUCCUCUGUCCCUCGAAUCACCCGCAACUUGGUCUCACUUCUCUCCCCCUCUGCUCUCUGGUAUUGUAUGUGAGGCAACGGGGACUGUGUGCACAUUCAAACAUUGUAUGAGCCGCCAUGAUACCGAUUCCCAAUCGUCUGCUUCGUGCUUGUUCUGCCAUUCUCGUUAGGAAGAACGUCUUGCCUCUCUCUAGUCUUUCUUCUCCUACCAGCAACCAACAAGACACCCAAAACCCUCUAAACCCUCCUCCAAUCCCACAACCGACCACCACCCACAAGCCCAAAUCUGGGCCUCGCCCCUCGUCAAGAACAAAAACGCCAUUGGAGAAGGAAUUCAACAGUUGGGUACACAAACUAACUCCUGGGUUCGGCCCCGAAGAGGUUGACGAGGUACUUCGCUCCCAAAUCGAUCCCGAUUUAGCCUUCGACAUCUUCCGUUGGACAGCCCAGCAGAGGAAUUACAAGCAUACCCACCGCACCUACGAGACCAUCAUUACAAUCUCCUUCAAUGGCAAGCGGUUCGAUCGCUUUGAUGCUCUCGUUGAUGAGGUAAUGGCCGGUGCCUGCUCUGGUUCAUUCUCUUUGUUCAAUACCAUCAUCAGCAGUCACUGCAGAAGAAACCAUUUGAAUAGGGCUAUUGAUGUCUUCAAAAAAAUGCAGAAGUUCCCUGAUUGUAGAGCCACAUUAGAAACUUACACCACUCUCUUGGUCACCCUUCUCCGGAAAUUCUAUCGGGUGAACAUAUGCUAUGCUUAUCUGCACACUGUUAGAUCAUUGCUGAAACACAUGAAUGCCUCUGGUGUGAUUCCCGAUAUUUUGACUUUGAAUCUUAUCAUCAAGGCGUACUCUAGGUGUUUGCAAAUGGAUGAAGCCAUUCGAAUUUUUCGUGAGAUGAGCCUCUAUAAAUGUGAGCCGAAUUCAUAUACCUAUAGCUAUAUAACCAAGGGGUUGUGUGAGAAGGGAAGGAUCAGUCAGGCAGUGAGCUUCUAUGAGGAGAUGAGGGAAAAGGGGUUUGUUCCUAGUAGCAGCACUUACAUGGCUUUGAUAUGUAGUCUUGCCUUGGAAGGAAGGCUUGACGAUGGGAUUGAGGUGAUGUUCCAUAUGCUAAAUAAUUCGAUGGCGCCGGAUUUUCUUACUUAUAAGACUGUCUUAGAGGGAUUGGGAAGAGAAGGGAGGGAGGAGGAAGCCUUUAGGUUGCUUGAAGAAUUGAGGAAGAAGGAAGACUGUAUCGAUGAGAAAACUUACAGUAAUCUCUUGGAUUGCUUAUAUUUGCUAGAGCGAGAUUAGUGGCUGAUGUAGAUUACACCUUUUUUGGUAUUUCAAUGAAAAAAAUUUGUGUUGCAGGACAGCCGACAGGCAGCUACUUUGUUUCGAAUAGAAAAAACUCCACGAGAAAUUUAAAUUGUUCAUCAAAACCCCAUGUGUACAAAGAUCUGCUAUACAUAUUCCUUUUUAUAGCUGGACGAUUCUAUUCGUGUUU